UAAAAUCUGAACAUGAGACUAAAAUUGAGUAUUCAUAUCAUCAUUCAUAAAAAACGAAGAAAGAAUUUCUUUCUUUCUUUUUUGGGUUAAUUAAUAUAUUAGUAUGGCAUUGGUUGUGUCAAGUGUGCAAUUCCAACCUCGAGUAAGAAUUGUAUAUUGUGUAGGAAAAAGGCAAAAUCGAGAGGGCAUUAUUGUUUGGAAAAGGGUCCUAAACCCAAACCCAAAAUUCAAAACCCAAUUGUGUUUGUGUAAGCAGCAGCAGCGAUUGAGAUGCGUGUACUCGGGUGAAUACUCAGAAAAUGAAGUUGAUUCUCGGAAUAAGUUGGUGGAAUUUAUUAAAAAUGUAUUUCCGGGUGGAAAUUGGUGGAAGCUUUCAUCAGAAGAUGUAGAUGUUGGAGGAACAUCAAAGCCUGUGACUGUUGUUCGUGCUCUUAACAGAAUGUGGGAAUUGAUAGCUGAAGAUCGUUUCCUCAUUUUCGCUGCUUUUACUGCUCUCAUUGUUACUGCUUUAUCAGAAAUUUCUAUACCGCAUUUUCUCACAGCAUCCAUCUUUACGGCACAAAGUAGCACUACCCCACUGUUCCACCGGAAUGUGCGAAUCUUGGUUGUGCUAUGCAUCAUUUCCGCAAUAUGCAGUGGUGUGCGAGGUUGCCUUUUUGGCAUCGCAAAUAUGAUCCUGGUCAAGCGAAUGAGGGAAAAAUUAUAUUCCACUCUUCUUCUUCAGGAUAUUUCCUUUUUUGAUUCUGAAACUGUUGGUGAUUUGACAAGUAGGCUAGGGGCAGAUUGUCAACAAGUGUCUCGUGUAAUUGGAAAUGACCUAAAUCUGAUUUUACGCAAUGUUCUCCAGGGAACAGGUGCUUUAGUUUAUUUGUUGUUUUUGUCCUGGCCAUUGGGAUUGUGCACAUUGGCUAUCUGCUGUGCACUAUUCACGAUAAUGCUAUUAUACGGCCAAUACCAGAAGAAAGCAGCUAAGCUAAUUCAGGAGUACACUGCUUGUGCAAAUGAAGUUGCUCAAGAGACAUUCUCUCUCAUGAGGACUGUACGAGUAUAUGGAACUGAGGAACAAGAACUGCAAAGGUAUGCACGGUGGAUGGGGAAAUUAGCUGAUAUAACCUUGCGUCAAAGUGCUGCUUAUGGAUAUUGGAACUUUAGCUUCAACACACUCUAUCACUCAACUCAGGUUAUUGCUGUGCUGGUAGGAGGAAUAUCUAUCCUGGCUGGUCAUAUUACAGCAGAACAACUUACCAAAUUCGUAUUAUACAGUGAAUGGUUGAUUUAUUCUACAUGGUGGGUAGGGGACAAUUUUUCGUCAUUGAUGCAAUCUAUUGGGGCAAGUGAGAAGGUUUUUCAAUUAAUGGAUCUCGGUUCUAGUGGUAAAUUCAUUGACAAAGGAGCCAAGUUGGAAGGAUUAGCAGGACGCAUUGAAUUUGUGAAUAUUAGUUUCUACUAUCCUUCAAGAGUUAAGGUGCCGGUACUUCAACAUAUUAACUUCGUGGUGCAUCCCGGUGAAGUAGUAGCACUUGUUGGCCUAAGUGGUAGCGGAAAAAGUACUCUGGUGAAUCUUCUCCUCCGGCUGUAUGAGCCAACAAGUGGGCAGAUAUGCAUUGAUGGCUACCCGAUUAGAGAUUUGAACAUCAAGUGGUUGAGGGAAAGAAUUGGAUAUGUGGGGCAGGAACCUAGACUUUUCCGCAUGGAUAUCAGCUCAAACAUAAGAUAUGGCUGUAGUAGAGAUGUCAAUCAACAAGAUGUGGAAUGGGCUGCCAAGGAGGCCGCUGCCCAUGAUUUCAUUUCAUCUCUACCCAAUGGCUACCACACAAUUGUUGAUAAUGAUUUGCUCAGUGGAGGCCAAAAGCAGCGAAUCGCAAUUGCUAGAGCCAUUCUUAGGGAUCCAGAUAUUUUAGUACUUGAUGAAGCCACUAGUGCUCUAGAUGCAGAGAGUGAACACAACAUUAAGGGUGUGCUUCGUGCUGUCAGAAGAGAACUGAACUCAAAGAGAACUGUCAUUGUGAUUGCACACCGGCUUUCGACAAUACAAGCUGCUGACAGAAUAGUUGUGCUGGAAAGCGGAAAAGUUGUUGAGAUGGGUAGCCACAAAGAGCUUCUCCUCAAUGAUGGCUUGUAUGCUCGAUUAACCAGAAGACAGGCUGAUGCUGUGGCAUGAAUUCUUGCAGUUGACCGACAUAAAGGUUUGGUCGAUUCUUUGGCCUACUAAGUUCCUGAUUGGACACUAGAGAUGGCUUGGUAUAUUUUAUUUUACACAGCAAAUUUAGCAAUGCCUAUGCACUAGAUUAGAUAGAACCUUCUGAAUGAAGAGGACAGACAAUAUGGGAUUAGUUGCAGAUCUUGCAGUUGGACCAUCUCAAAUUUUCUCAAGCGAGCAGGUUAGCUUCAAAGAUUUUGCUGCAUCACUGGCCAAAGCUAUAAACAAUUUGAGUUUUGAUGAUGCUUAAUGUAUAACUUAGUCAAGGGGUUUGAGUGAUGUACAACAUGUCCAAAGGGUUGCAGAGACUUUUACGACAAAGCCGAUACUGUUGAUCCAUGUAAAUGUCUCGAUAGCAUGUCAUUCUGGUUCAAUCUACUAGAGCUGAAAUUGAAAGAAAACCCAAGCUCUUGUCAUGAUAGAGAAGCAUGUUUGUUUGGAAAAAUCACGACACAUCUAUUUAUUUAAGGGUUAAUAUUACAACUUUUAGAUCUUUUUUUUUAUAUUACUACUUAUAACAUUUUAA